CAAUUGUUAGUUUGGGCUGCUGGCUCCCAGACUCGACACCUCGAUUCAGUGAGUUUCGUGCGCUCUGUUUCUUCUCACCUUUACUGCGAUGACUCGGUUUGGCCUGCUCGGCUGCAGCUACAUUCUGUUCUGGUUCCUCCUCGCCUGCUCGGCGGCGGACCGCUGGCUUCAGGAGAAUCAGCAGCCGCGCAUCAUCAAUGGAAGUGUGGCCAGGGCGGACGAGACGCGCCAUCUGGUCUCCAUCCGCCUUCUCCGACACGACAACAACUUCGGAAGCGGCCACAUCUGCGGAGGGGCGCUGAUCGCGCCCAGAAAGGUCCUGACCGCAGCCCACUGCCUGUACAACAAUCAGAGAAAGCGCUUUCGACGGGCCAGCGAGUUCGUCGUGGUCCUGGGCACGCUUAAUCGCUUCGAGCACCGCAAUGGCACCAUCGUGUCCCAGGUGAGUUCCAUGGCCUACAUGCACACCUUCAGCCCGGACAGCAUGCGUGACGACGUGGGCAUCCUCUUUCUGCGCACCGGGCUGCCGAUGUCUCCAGGCGGUGGUGUCCACCUCACUGUGGCCCCCAUCCAGCUGGCUGGCCAGGUCACGCCCCCCGGCAAGCUGUGCCAGGUGGCCGGUUGGGGUCGUACGGAGCAGAGCUCCCUGUCCAACAUCCUGCUGACGGCAAACGUGAGCACCAUCCGGCACCAGACCUGCCGCAUGAUCUACAGGUCCGGCCUGCUGCCCGGGAUGAUGUGCGCGGGACGCCUGCAGGGCGGCACCGAUUCCUGCCAAGGCGACUCCGGCGGACCGCUGGUGCACGAGGGCCGUCUGGUGGGUGUGGUCUCCUGGGGCUACGGAUGCGCAGAGCCGGGACUGCCGGGUGUCUACGUGGACGUGGAGUACUACCGCCAGUGGAUAGAGGGACGCAGCGGGGCUCCCCACUCCAGGCUGGCUACCAGACUGCUCCUACUCCUGCCCCUGCUGAUGCGGUGCUCGGUUUCGUGGCUAUAGCCACCAUUUCGGGAUACCUGCCGGUGCUUUAGUCUAUCUAGUAACUAUGUUCUAAACUAAAUAUUCCUAAUACACAUACACGUACAAUGUAGCGGCGACAGCUCCGAAUCUGAUAGCUACCGUAUGCAAACCUAUGUAUGUAGUAU